AUGCUCUCUUGGGUGCUGUUGAAUGGUAGACAGCGGUUUUGUCAACAUGUAGCUGUUGUCAAUUGUGUCGGCAACCGCCGAGUCGGUUUGGUGGGACUUUGGUUCUGCGACAUGAUGCGUGAAGGGUUGCUGAACCUGGUGAUUUUCUCUUUAUUCAUCCUCGAGCGGAUUGACCAACGCCUCCGACCGAUCCGCAACAAUCCCGAGCGGGAGCAGUUGUCAAUCGGUCUUUUUCCAUCACACUCGACGCCAUUCGGAUGGGUUGCAAUGGUCAUCAUACACACCUGCCUUGGUCUGAUUGGCUCACCUACUCGACCAAUCAACGUCAGGACAGCGUUGACCAAUCAACGUCAGGACAGCGUUGACCAAUCAGUGUCGACGGCAGGCUGA